ACCUAAAAUAUUUGGUAAAAGCCCAAAGUAUAUCCGAAAAUGCACCCAGGCAACAUGGAAGUUUGAUCGGCAAACAGAAUUCUGAUUAACCCUUUAUUUUUUUCCCCUAAAAAUUCUCCCUUACCUACAGCUUUCUCUGUUUUUCUUUAAAAAAAAAAAAAAGAAACUCCACUUCUAUUGCCCCUCCAUCAUAACGAGACAUUCAAUAUUUCUUCUCUUCUCUUAAUUAUUUGUUUCAAAUCCUCUCCUUUUUUUUUUUUUCCUUUCUAACCAUUGCCAAAACGUUUGUCCUAGCCACCUUCAUUGAAGAACAAAAUGGCAAAUUCAUCAUCUGGAAUGGCUGUGAAGGAUGAGUGCAAGCUGAAGUUCUUGGAGCUCAAAGCCAAGCGGAACCAUCGGUUUAUUGUGUUCAAGAUUGACGAGAACACACAACAGGUGAUUGUAGAGAAGCUGGGAGGUCCGGAAGCAACUUACCAGGAUUUCACUAACUCCUUGCCCGCUGAUGAAUGUCGCUAUGCUGUCUUUGAUUAUAAUUUCACCACCAAUGAGAAUUGUCAGAAAAGCAAGAUUUUUUUCUUCGCAUGGUCACCUGACACAUCAAAGGUGAGGAGUAAGAUGCUUUAUGCAAGCUCUAAGGAUAAAUUCAAGAGACAGUUGGAUGGGAUUCAAGUUGAGCUGCAAGCAACAGAUCCAAGUGAGAUGAGCUUGGACAUCGUCAAAGGACGAGCUCUCUAAUUCCGAUAACUUUGAAGUCCCUUCCACUUCCAUUCAAGGCAUAAUUUCCUUUACAAUUGUCUUUAUCAAUUUGUGAGCUAUUCCCCUGUUUUUCACUUUCUCAAGUAAUCCCCAGUCUAAAUGGUAAUAGAAGGGUAGGAGUUUCCAUGUUUUUCAGUUUUCGCUUUGAUAACAUGCAUGUAUAUCUCCUAAAUUGUAGCCCAACACUAUGGAGGAUUUUGUAUUUUUUUUUCUAGAAAUUAAUAUUAUUUAAGAGACUGCUAUACGCACUCCUUAAAAGAGGAAUGAUUCUUAUGGGAUGUUUGGGCCUUUGAGUUUGACUUAUUGAAUGAUUC